ACAUCACGCUAUGACCAAUAGAAGCGGAGCAUCAUCGAUCGAAAUAAAAUGUCUUCAAAUAUGUGUUCAGAAGAUUACAAAACUACAACAACUAAUACUGUAAAUAUUUCCACCGACAUUCAUAGCAUAAAGCAAGAAUUGUCAAAUAUCAAACAAGAAUUAAAUGUAUUCAAAAUGUACGUACACUCGAUAUAUCAAAAGAUAGAAGAUUUUGAACGUAGAAUCAUUUACUUAGAGAAUGAACUUUUGUUAAAAGCUGAUUAUUUGAAUGAUAAUAAUGAACCGAAGAAAACUGCGAAUAUGAGAGAUAUUUAUAAUGAAUUCGAUUUGCUGCGUGGACAUGAAAUUGAUUCUUUAAACGCAUUAGAUGCAACGGGAAAGCAAAUCCGGAAUCUGCAAGUUGUGCCCGAUGUGGCAAUAGGCUUGCCGUUUAACACAGAAAGAAUACAUACGAAAUGUAUUAGUAGUGCCUUUGCUUACCCCUUGGGGGACAAAAUGGAAUGCGUGGAAAAAAACAAUGUCAAUGAAAGUGAAAUAGACGAAACUCAAACAAAUGUGGAUGAUUUAUCAGUAGAUUGUAUGGAACGAGGUUCAAUAGUGUUUAUGUAUGCAGGGGGAAUAUGGGACUAUCUCAAAGCAACAGAGGAGCUUCGUCUGAACAACAACGGUCUGGGCAUAACGGGAGGGCGACUCCUCGCCAGUGCCCUGAAGCAGCGCAGGCGCAGGUUGAAAAUCUUCGUCGCUGGACGGAACAGACUCGAGAAUGACGGGGCGAAGGCGCUCGCGCAAGUGUUUCAGGAAAUGGGCACACUAGAAGAGGUGGCGAUGCCCCAAAACGGCAUAUACCACGUGGGCAUAUCGGCGCUGUCGACCGCGUUCAAGUCGAACCCGCGCCUCAGCAGAUUGAACCUUAACGACAACACAAUAGGGGCGAAGGGAGCGCGCGCCGUCGCCGACGCUCUGCCACAUCUGAAGAAUCUCCGGUGCAUUAACUUCGGCGACUGCUUGUUGAAGAGCAAGGGCGCGUGCGCACUGGCGAAGGCUUUAAAGGACAAUUCGCCUUUAUUAGAGUCACUAGAUCUGAGUCACAACGAGAUCGGACGCGCUGCGUGUCUGGAGGUGGUGGAGGCGCUGACGGUGCUGCCGGACAGCGGCGAGAGGCUGUCGAGGGUCGUGCUCGCUGGCAACAGUCUCGGCGGAUCUGCAGACAAGAAGGUGUUGAGGGACAAACUCGGCGCCUGCGCAGAGCUCAGCGACGGAGAGGGAAGCGAUAACGAAUACGUGACAGAUUCGGACGAGGACAAUUCAGAAGCUGAGGAGGAUACGGAGGGCGAAUCUGAAGACAGCGCCACGGAGGACGCUCAGCAUCAAGACACCUCCGUGGAUGUCAAAGAGCUGAUUCUGGAUACGUCAGGAUCAGACGACGUCCAGGACUCUGUGGAGAGGUUCCUGCUGAAUCCCACCAUCGAGAACUUCGAUAGGAUUGGAGAUAACGCGGCCGAAGUCAUUGACGCUUACUUACAGCGCACGUGCGAGGCGGCGUCGCUGCCGCGGCAGUACGCGUGCGCGGCGCUGGCGGCGGGGUCGCUGGCGCGGCGCAGCGCGGGCGCGCGGGCGGCGGCGCGGGCGCUGCUGGCGCGGCUCACGCGCAGCGCCGGCGAGCUGCGGUGGCCGGUGGCGGACGCGCUGCUCGUGGGACUCGGCCUUAUCAAGAGUGAGAACAAAGAUUUCAAGAUACGCUGGUCGGUGGGCGAGUGCUACUCCUCCGUGGCGGAGGUGCUGCAGGAGCCAUACUUCCCGGCGUCCGUGCGGGACACGCUCAGGUACUUUAUCGCCAGCAAGUUGCCAACACUUCCGGCGGAUGUGCGAGAGGAGAUACAACGGCAUCCGGCGCUAUUCUCGUAAUAAAGAUGUUUGUUUGUU